AUGGCCCUCUCAAGCGACAUGGAACACUACGGGACUGGCGACAAACCUGUACAAUGGCUUGUCGACCUCCCCUUCUCCCCUUCGUCGGUCAAGGUACGGCGGUUCACUUCGCCCUUCGUCCUCCCCAUCCCGCCCGCGGAAUCCUCAGCGGAUGCUAUACGUCGCGCAGCGUUCGAGGCAGUUUCAGCACACGAUGGGAAUGAUGCGCUCGAAAAGGCAUGGAGAGCCGUAAACGGUAUAGGCGCAAAUGAAGCUGGGAAGGGAGUCAUGGGAGUCCUGCGUUCCCCGUGUGCAGUGGUCACCGCUGGAGAGGGACCGCUGGCGGGGAAGCGAGAACUUUGGCUCUUCGAGAUACGAGGGCCAAACGGGUCCGCUUCGGAUCAGUAUCACAACGAGGCGCUCGAGGGCUUGACCCCUGUUCAAGGUGGAACAGAUACCUUCAAAAUCUCGGAUCUGCUGUCGUGUAGCUCGCAUGGUCGUACCAUCUCGUGCCUGGCUGCCAAGGAGGACCCUACAUCUGCCUGCGCGGUGACCUGGCAGCCUGGACGGCUGGCCAGAGCUUGGAAGCUGUUCGAAGGCGCGGUACUGGAGAAGCUCGCCUGGAGGAAUGGCCAAAGGGUCUGCGCGGGGGACAGGAGAGAUACAGCAACUCCAAGUAGUUCAGCCCCAGGACUUAAUCUCCGUCCACUCGCAACCCAACACCUCCUCCUGUCGCUGGACCUCACAUACCGUCCAUCUCGCCGGAUACGGUCCCCACCACCCCAAUCCGUCACGCUCUAUCCCUCAUAUACGAGCGCUCUGCGUGUUGCCACUUUUGACCCGUCCUCAGCCCAGUUGGAGGAUCUCGAGCGCUCUUUCACCCAAUCGUUCGGACCGAGAUGGAAGAGUCGUCAAGGCGGCGAGUCUAUCCUGAGUCAUGGAAACGGAGAGGCAAAGGUGGAGUGGGCAGUCUACUGGGUCGGUGCCACGCGUGCCACUAUCCAGCCCGCAGCGGACGGGACCGCAUCUCCAACAGCUAUCGAUGCAGCGAGACCCUCGACAUAUCAAGGCGUUCUGGUCGUCUGGCCAAACACCCUCGUCUCGCCCGGUUCCUCUGGCAGCGGCGCGUCAUCUGCCUCCAGACCCCGGAAACGCCCAAUCGCCGCUGUCACCGCCUUUCCCGAGGCAAGCGACCUGAUGGGUAUCGCUUCUGGCGUUUUCGACUUCCUCUCGGCGUACAAAGAGCCUUCUCCGCCAAAAGAGCCCAGUCCCGACUCGGACGAGCCCGUCGCAUUGGUCAAUACCGAUCUUCCUACCCCUCAGACCGGUCCGUCUGGCUCGGAGUCUACACCCAAGAUCCCCUUCGACCCAGACAUCGCGGCACCGGGCGUCGGCGUACAAGCGGGUGACAUCGGGAUGGACGAAGAUGAUGAUCUCUUUGCGUCCAAGCCGAACUCCCCUGUGCUUCGUCCUGAUCUCUUAUCACGGCCGUCAGAUGAGCCGCUGGCGGGAACAGCGGACGACUUUGACGACCUCUUCGGAGCGUCGGCUUCCCCUGAGGGCGCGCCCGCGGUGGAGCUGGACAAAGAUGUUGACAUGGAGUCGCCGAAGCCCGAGGCGAUUCCAGAGCCUCGGGGAGGAUAUGCGCAGCGAUACGAUGCGUAUGCUGGAGCGGAUGAGGCGAACGCGACGAUGAUCACGGAUGAUGAUUUCGCGUUCCUGGAUUCCCCGGCGGAUGAGGAUGACGAGGGGGAAGGGGAUCGGGAGGAGGUGAAUGAUGACCAAAGUCUGGAGGUGCCGGAGCUGGUCGAGACCGUAGAGGCUCCCGCUGCCCCUCCGAUUCUUCCAGCUGGGGAUAGCGGUGAGGGGUUGACCACCGAGGCGGGCGAGGUAAUCGAUGGCGACCAUCUGGCUGGCGUAGACACUGCCGGCGGCGACGCUGUUGCCUCUACAUUGUCGAAACCUCCGGGAUCGCCCGUGCAGGCGCCACCUCGAAGAUCAAGCGCGGUCACCGGAGCUCCGAGUCCACCCCAGCCGGAAGGGGAGAAGACCGCUGCUUCAGCGGAGCCAUCAUCAGGGCACAACCUCCGUCCACUACCUGGACCCGCUUUCCCGCCCGAUGAUCUGGUGCCCUCCAUCGUAUCCCCUCUCGACAUCGCGCGUCCCUCCACCCUCCCCAAUCCCAUCUAUACCUUCCCCACUCCCGCGCCGACACCCGAGGCGCAUAACCUCCGAGACGACCUGAUCGAGCGGCUACGGCAAGCCAAGCGGCAAAAGGGAGAUACCGACUACGCUCUGGCAUGGCACGUCGACGAUGAUCAGACGGAAGCGGAGGAGGAGUAUGAUGAUUCCGGAGCGCCGCCGACUCCGAUGUCUGAGAGCGGCACGGUGGAAGAUGAGAUCUCGGAACGAGGUGGACUGGCACGCAGAGCUGAGGAUGGGGAGACUGGGAAGGUGGUGGUAGAGUGGAAGGGACUCAGAUGCCUGGGAGCGGAGAUGCUCUGGAUGGCGGCUGAUCCGAAAGUCUGGGAGGCGGUCAGCAGGCCAUGGAACGAGGAAUGGGCGGCUGGGAUGGGCGCCUUAAUCCCUGGUCUGUCUAGGUUGCCGUCGCCGCCUACUUCGCCUGCCGGUAAGACCAAGGCGCUGGGCGAUGAUGUCGAUCUGGACCGGAUCGCUCGGGAAAUCAUCGCCAAUCGAUACUAUCGUGCCCGGGCAAGGACGCGAACUACCCGCUCGGACACCGCCUCCGGCCUUCUUGGCGCUGCACAAUCGUUAUCGGACAUCAUCACUCCUUCGCAAGGUGGGACGGAUUCGGUCGGCCAGCUGAGCACCAACUCCAGCACCAUAUUGCUGCCCUGCAAUGUCCACGCUGGGUUCGCCGGCAAUGUCAUGCGUCUGUCGAUAGCCGGUACCAAAUACUGGCGCCAGCUUGGUCUGUCGCCAGUUGGUGGCGAGAAGGAGGUGGAAGCGAUAGUCAUCACCAUAUCCGGAACGGGGUUGGAGCGAGCUGCGGCGCGGUUCAUGGCGGGGAUGAGCGCGGUAUGGGAGCAGCAUCGGCUCGGGAAGCACAUCGUCAGCGGAGAAGCAGGGGAAGGGGGAGUCCUGCAGGUCCAGGCGUCAGUUUUGGAUGCCAAGAUCCGUGAGAUCACCCGUGGCAUCAAUGCAGACACCAAUGUUGUCAUCUACCUUCUACUGGACCACGAGACUGCCAUGACCCCACUUGUCCUGCAAGUCCUUGGCCAAACCCUGCCGCAGACGGUCAUCAUCCACACUGUCCUCGCUUCGGCUAUUCAACCUCGCCAGCUGCCGGAUUUGGCUUUCGACGUCUACAAUCGUAUUCCACGUCUUCUCCAUCAGCUCCCCUCCGCCUCUCAUGCUGGCCUCGCUUCCCCGACAUACCUACAAUAUCCCUCUUUUACCCUCGCCCCGGACCAGCCACCCAAGCCGGAGCUCACCCUGCAAUGGCCUUUGCGUUCAUACGAUAUCCUCAACCGGUGGCGGUACGUACACGGGGCAUACACCUACGAUCAGGAGUCCGGGCUGGUGGCCAUGUUCAUUAUUGACGCCGAAGGGGAGAAUUACGAGGUCAAGACGUUCAGGGCGGAAGGGAUGAAGAUGUCGGAGCGGCUGGGAAAGAUCUGGAAGUUCUGUGUGGGGUUUGCAGAGAUCGCUGCUAUCGAGUGGCGAAUGACUAUGACGCGGGUAGGCUCAGCGAAGAAGGACGAGAUGGACAGUUGGGGCAGGAUUAUUGGCGGUGCGCACGUCACGCUCUUGGUCCAUGAUCCGGUCGCCUCAACUACGGAAACGACUCCACACUCGAUCAAUACCGUUCCGGUGCCCGCUCCAGUCAUCUCCGACCCAAAUACCCGGAUCUCGGACAACACCCUCGCUGCACAUACGUCUACCUUCCCUCAUCGCAUUCCACUCAUUCUCACCGGAGAAGGAGCAGGUGGAACAGCUACGGUCUACCCCACCCUCAGCUUCACCCUCACCAUCGCUACCAGCCCGUCCACGACGGCUACCGCAACCUACCACGUUAUCUCGCACAAGCCGGCGCCGGGGAAGGAGGAGGAGAAGCUGGAUGAGGUGCUGUCGAGGGAGUUCCAGCGGAUGGUAUAUCUGGGAAGGGAGCGGUUUGGGUUUAUGGACAGUGCGAUGGGGGUGCAUGUGGCUGCUGUGGAGGCGGUGGGGAAGAUUUUGGGAGAUCUUGCGUCCCAGUCAGGGGAUUGA